CACAUGGUCUCUCUGAUAAUGCUAGUAGAUGAUGAUAUUGUUAAUGAUACAAGAAAGGCAUUCCGCACGGACCUCUUGAUUUUGAUAAUGAUACUGCGGAAUCACCUAGAUUGUGAUUUAAAUGUUGCAUCUAAAGUAAAG